CAGUUGAAAGUUUGGCACUGAGCAUUUCUUACGACAACUACCAAAAUGGCCAACAAAUUCGUUUGCAGUUUAUUGCUGUUGAUCGCGGCUACAGGCGCCCAAGCUGAUGGAAUUGUAGGUGGUACAGCUUCCUCUAUUAGCGCUCACCCGUACCUCGUAAGCUUACAGCUAGCCGAUGGAACCAUCGUCUGUGGUGGUGCUUUAAUCAAUUCCAAAGUCGUUGUCACUGCCGCCUCCUGUUUGGCUAAUUACGAUGUUAGCGAAUUUGUCGUUGGUGUCAACAAUGGUGCCCAGACCGUUAAAAUCUCUAGAUCUAACUACUAUAAACAAUACGAUAUUGAAACCAAUGAGAAUGACAUCGGUAUCGUGAAGUUGGCCGAAGCCGUAAGUGUUAGCAGCUACCUUGCAUUGGGAAGCAGCUUACCUUCAAGUGGUGUACUCGUCGGUUGGGAUGCAAACAACGCAGUGGUAGAAGCAGCUGAAACUAUCACCAGCGCCAAGAAAUGCGUUACUCAAGGCUACAAAUACGAAGACGGUGAUCUUUACAAUUCACAGUUCUGCGGUCGGGCUGCGAACGACGCUUGUGGUGAAUUGCCUGGAAGUCCUUUGGUGGCUGACAAUAAGUUGCUUGGUGUUGUAUCCUGGGGUUAUGGUUGUGCCAACAAAGACAGCCCAGCUAUUUACUCCAACAUUCCAGUCUUGAAAUUGUGGCUCGAAAGUGUUUUGUAAAAAGUACUU